CCAACAGUUCUCCAGCCUUGGUCAGCGGCAACAGUAGCAAAAAGAAGAAACUAUGUUUCUCUGCCAGCAUGAUUGAGCCUCUACCACAGCCACCACAGCAAGCGCACCCUCCGCAGUUGUCGACAAGAAGACUACAUGCAAUCCCAGUUUCGGACAAAAUAAGAGGCAUGUCGCCUGUUCAUAUACACCAGGCUCAAUCGCAGGCACCACGCAUAGGGUCGUGCACAACAUCGCCAGACAGCUGAUGGAAAACCUGGAUAAGGUGAUCUCCCUGCCCAAACAGGAGGAGAUGGUCAACGUUGGGCAGAGUUUUGGGGAGCUUACCCGGAAUGCGGCCUUCAACAAGGCGGCUGUCUGUGAUGCCGCAGGAUAAUUCCUGGACAUUUUUUGUGGGGCACCCCGGGUCGGUACACGACAGCCAGGUGCUGAAGAGCAGCCCCCUGUACACAGCGACACGGUACCCACCCCCGGGUUUCGUCAUAGUGGGCAAUGACGGAUACCCGUGCCUGGAGGAGCCAGUCUGCCUCAUCACGCCUUACAAGUUUCCCCUGCAGGGGAGAGCCCAGGAGAGGUUCAACCUGCACCUCUCGCGCCUGCUCUCCGUCACCCAAAAAAGCUUCAGGAUGAUGAAAACAAGGUGGAGGUCCACCCUCUUCAAGGCCAUGGAGGUGAACCCAGACUUUGCCCCCAGCGUCAUCUCCGCCUGCGCCUUCAUCCACAACGUCUGCCUAAUGAACGCCAACGUCGUGGAGCCUGACCCCAACCUUAGGAACCAAGUUAUGGGCCCCCUGCCCCCACCUGAUCCCCUUGGGCCAGACGAAAAGAGAGGCGACCUGAUGCUGAUGACUGAAAAGAUGGCAGCAGUGGAUUCGGUCACAGAACCGAAGAUGGCCGGCUCUUCAGACCCUGGCCCUGCAGCUGUGGAGCCCGCAGCCAAACCCCUGCCCUUUAAGGACCCCAGCUUUGUGCAUUCUGGGAUCGGUGGGGCAGCGGCGGGGAAGAAGAACCGGACCUGGAAGAACCUGAAGCAGAUCCUGGCCGCUGAGCGGGCCCUGCCCUGGCAGCUCAGUGACCCAAACUAUUACAGCAUUGAUGCCCCUCCAUCCUUCAAGCCGGCUAAAAAGUACUCUGACAUCUCAGGGCUCCCGGCCAAUUACACAGACCCCCAGACCAAGCUGAGGUUCACCUCCAGCGAGGAGUUCUCUUACAUCCGCCUGCUGCCCACAGACGUGGUGACGGGCUACCUGGCGCUGCGCAAGGCCACCUGCAUCGUGCCCUGAGUGGCAGGGCUCCAUCGACGGGCACUCAGUCCAAGUUUAAGAACAGUGACCGCAGCUGAAUUUUACUCACAAAACCCGCGAUUCAAUGAUCUUUGUUCCCCAAGUCGGAUGAAAAGGACUAAUAAAUGACAGCGUCAGAAAUGCCUCCACAUUUUGAGUGGGGGUAGCGUGUCAUUGUCCUGUCCAGUGCUUUGGGAUUUGCUUGUGCAGGUGGUUAGAUAUACGGUCAGGACACUGUCUCACUGUGUUCUCCUUGACCACCUGCUGCGAUCUUUCAGUUUCUUUUAUGCUAAUGAUUUGAGCAAAUGGAGAAAUGGUCACUUGCUGUAUGAUAGCUGGGUUAAAUGUCUUCCAGACCAAAUUUCUUGUGACAGUUAAUUCCUGCCAGUUGUUGUUUUUACAUUUUGUGGCCAGACUAAACACAUGACUGUAAGAUGGGUCCUGAUUGUUGGAUGAAGAGUUCAGAAUGGAUUCCUACCCUUUAAGGUUAGACACUGGCAAGUAUUGUGGCUGAUAACUCAGAACGCUGGGUGAUUGUUUUACUGGCUGAACGUGGUAAUGAUAAUUGAAUACAGAUUUUAUUUUUAUCAUUUUUAUUGUAACUAGUUAAAGUUGCCUGUUGCUUUGGAAACUGUACUUGAUGCGCUUAAUUGCAUUUGUGUUGAGCAAUGGCUGGGAAGCAAAAAUUCUAAAAUAUCCUGUCCUGAUGUGUUAUUAAUUUGCAUCUCAGUCCCACUUGUUCUUCUCUACUCAUUAAAUGAAGUACCGGUU